CUGACUUGGAACCUGCAGUUCGUGACCUCAUCCGAGAGUACCAUGACGUUUUCCCAUCGUCGUUCUCGUACGCCGGCAUCCCACUGAUGCGUGACGCCGAGCACUCCAUUCAGCUUGUGCCUGACUAUCGUGUUCACCACCAGGCACCCUACAGACUCUCGAUCCCCGAGGCCACCGAACUCAAGCGUCAGCUUGAGGAGCUCCUGAGACUGGGUUUCAUUAAACCCAACAACUCCCCGUGGGGUGCACCCGUCCUCUUUGCUUGCAAAGCGGACAGAACUUUCCGUCUCUGCAUCGACUAUCGCGGUCUCAACCGCUGCACGGUUAAGAACAACUAUCCCAUGCCUCGUUCCGAUGAGCUGUUCGACCGCCUAGCAGGCAACCGCUUCUUUACGAAGAUUGAUCUUCGUAGCGGUUACCAUCAGAUCCGUGUCGCUGCAGCCGACCAGCCGAAGACCGCGUUCCGAUCACAUGGCUUCUACGCCAAGCUGAGCAAGUGCCGCUUUGCCCGGCACAAUGUGGAUUUCUUAGGACACUACGUGUCUGACCAGGGUCUCCACAUGGACGACGCGAAGAUCACUACUAUUGCGGAGUGGCCCGCCCCCACAUCCGCCAAGCAGCUUCGCAGCUUCCUAGGCCUGACUAUCUACUAUAGUAACUUCAUCCGGGGAUACGCUAGGUAUUCCUACGUCCUUACCUCCACCCUCCUCCGGAAGAACCCACCCUGGGCUUGGACACCCCUCCACGAGGACGUCUUCCGCACCCUCAAGAAGGCGGUGACAUGCGCACCGGUUCUUAACCUACCCGAUUUUGAUCGCCCUUUUAUCCUUACCACCGAUGCGUCAGACUUUACUGUAGGAGCAGUGCUUUCUCAGGUUUUCCCCUCCUCUCCUGAUUCGUCUCAUCCUCGUAUCCCUCGCUUCCCACCACCUACCCCUACCACUGCUUCCCGACUGACGCCUACUCGUCCAGCUACUGAUGAGCCUCUUAUUGACUAUUCUCCUACCAUCGCCAAAGACGGCACUGUCGAGACUCGCUCAGGUGAUUGUCCGAUAGCCUUCUACUCCCGUCAGCUCCUGCCCGCCGAGAUAAACUACACUGCUGAUGAACGUGAGGUUCUCGCAGUAGUUUAUGCCGCUCGGCACUGGCGUCACUACCUGCACGGGGCACCAUUCACGGUGCGCACGGAUAACUCUGUUGUCCAGGCAUUUCUAACUAAGCCGAAGCUCACUCCUCGACAGGCUCGCUGGUGGCGCGACCUAUCCGAGUUUAGUUUCACCACUGAGCACAUCAAGGGUGAGACUAAUCGGGUCGCAGAUGCCCUAUCCCGGUGCCCUGACCACGACCAGGAGCACAUCCAGCUCUCUUCCAUCUCGGUCACCACCGUCCACCACUCGGUGAUCGACGAGUUUCGCACUCAGUACCGCCACUGCCCCGACUAUCGCGACAUCCACGCGACCCUUCGGAGUGGCAAGACCGUCCCGAACUACUCUCUCGGGGACAACGGUCUYAUGUACUGGCACGGUUCACAGGGCACCAGAGAGCCCCGUAUUUGCGUUCCCUCCACUGGACAGCUACGUGUCCGAGCAGUAGCAGAGUUCCAUGACCAGGCRGCYGCCGGUYAUAUGGGCUUCCACAAGACGUUGGCUCGUGUGASCCGCCURUAYGUYUGGCCGAAGCGCAAGGACUUUGUGAAGGACUACGUCGCCGAGUGUCCCACCUGUCAAGAGGUGAACAGUGCGAACCACCUGCCUUAUGGUUUGCUCCAGCCUCUUCCUAUCCCUGAGGGUCGUUGGCAGUCCAUCUCGAUGGACUUUAUCGGUCCUCUUCGUCCUCCGACCCCUUGCGAUCAUGAUGCUAUCCUGGUCGUCGUCGACCGCUUCACGAAGCGUGCACGCUUUGUUCCGUGCCGCUAUGCCAUCAGUGCACGUGAGGCCGCCGAAAUCGUGUUUGACCGAGUCGUGCGUGACCACGGCUUACCUCUGAGCAUCAUAUCUGACCGUGACCCGCGCUUUACCAGCCGAUUCUGGCGACGGCUCCUCGAGGUAUACGGCACUCAGCUCCACUUCUCCUCGUCUUACCAUCCUCAGACUGAUGGUCAGACCGAGAUCACGAACAGGACUCUCGGAGAUAUUCUUCGAAAGAUUGUUCGUGACGACCAGCAGUGGGAUCUUCAUCUUGCCCACGCGGAGAUAACCUACAACCACGCCAUCUCGCCAGCCACGGGGAUGUCGCCUUACUAUUCCGACCUCGGCUAUCACCCUCGUGUUCCCGUGGACUUUCUUCGCCCGUCACAGAUGCACCCCGACACGAGUUGUCCCGCGCUGGAUGAUUGGGUUGCACACAUGACAUCGAUCAUGAAUACCGCACAUGAGCACAUAGCCGCUUCCCAGACUCGCAUGGCAGCACGUGCGAACCGAUCGAGGAUGGACCAGCCAUUCAAAGUUGGUGAUGAUGUGCUUAUCGACGCCCGCCACUUACAGCUCGAAGCGAACAUGCUUCGCAAGUUCCGGCGUUGCUUCUUUGGCCCAUGCCGCAUCCUCCAGGCCGUCGGUUCUGAUACGGCAUCUAGCCCGGUCAACUUUCGUGUGAAGCUGCCCGACUACCUACGCCAGGUUCGUGUGCAUGAUGUCUACCACGUCUCGUUACUGUGUCCUUACCGCAGACCGUCUGAGCGUUUCGCUGGACGACCAUACGAGCGCCCUUCACCCCUCAUGGUGGACGGCCACGAGGAGUUCCUCGUUUCAGACAUCAUUGGUCGCUGAGUCACCGACGACAACCCUCCCCACGUUGAGUAUCUCGUACGUUGGA